AAGGGCAGCUUCGUCUUUCAGCACCGCAUUAUCCUUCCAUAUUGAUAAAAGGGUCUUUCCCCUUGGCAGUCAGUUGAGUUAUCUUCUGCGUUGGCUAUAAGCUUCGAGGAAUUUAGACUAUUCCGACGAAAGAGCGACAUGGGUGUUCCAUCCAACGAUCCUAGAGAAGAUGUUCUUCAAGCAUGGUACAUGGAUGAUAGUGAUGAAGAUCAGAGACUCCCCCAUCACAGGGAGCCCAAGGAAUAUGUCUCUCUGGACCAACUCUCAGAGCUUGGAGUUAUCAGUUGGCGUUUAGAUGCUGAUAACUAUGAAACAGAUGAGGAUUUGAAGAAGAUUCGUGAAGAGCGUGGCUACUCCUACAUGGACUUCUGUGAAGUGUGCCCAGAAAAACUGCCAAAUUAUGAAGAGAAGAUUAAAAGCUUUUUUGAAGAACAUCUCCACACCGAUGAAGAGAUUCGUUACUGUGUUGAAGGAAGUGGCUAUUUUGAUGUCAGGGAUCGUAAUGAGAAGUGGAUCCGUGUAUGGGUGAAGAAAGGGGGAAUGAUUGUUUUACCUGCUGGUAUAUAUCAUCGAUUCACACUAGAUACCAACAACUACAUAAAGGCAAUGAGGCUGUUUGUGGGUGAUCCAGUCUGGACUCCUUUUAAUCGACCCCAUGAUCAUUUGCCUGCAAGGGAAGAGUACAUCAAGGCCUUUGUGACGAAGGAAGUUGGUGAUCACACUGUCAAUGCAGCCGCAUAAAAUGAAGCUUGUGGUUCUAAAGUGUUAGAUCCAAAAGGAAUUGUAUUGGGUCAAUAAAAUGAUACUUAUGUAUGAAUGAUACUUAUGUAUGGCCUCGACAUUUCCAUGCCUUUUAUAGAUUACUAGAACUGCUUGUUAUGCUUGUGUGCCAUUACCAGUACCACUGAUGUCUUGCAAUUAGUAUGAAGUUGAUAUAAGGGUUUGUUUUGUUGUAUUUCCUAACAGACUAAUAAACUGGGAUUUAUGUGUGAUUUGCUUGUAUGUAAUCGCAUGUGGU